CUUCCGCACCCUGAGAGCGAGUUGGUAUUAAUUAUCAAGAUUGAGUGGAAACUUCGAUAUGGACGGGGCGCCUCCUAAUAUAGAGCUUUGGGAGGAGUCUAGAAAUCUCCCGGAACGACUCGUGGCGCUUUUACGUGAUUUUGAGUACGCCCAGGUGAACUCUUGGGGAUACGAAGAAAAAAAAGACGUGGCAAGGUUUGUCAUUGAAUACAAGCUAGAUAGCAAGUGGGACCCCUUGACUCGCUCGACACAAGAUAACGCUACAGAAACGUCCGAAGUAUUUGCUCAGUCUGGUUGCCAUGACGAUGAUCCUGCUGACCCCUCUACCCCAUCAGAUACCAUAGAAUGCAUAGUUCCCUCUGCUGUCUGCAAGCAAGCCUGUGAAAAGCGACAGGAGAAACAGAAAACGAAACCAGUGUCAAUUGGCAAUCCGAACAACGUAUUAGCACUUCCAGAGACGUGCAAAACCGCCACCAUCGACACAUGCGACAAACAAGACCGCUACCUCUGUGGACAGUUGCCUUGCAAAAUGGUCGCCCAAGAUAGCAACGGGGCCCACCUGACAGGCCACGAGCCUGAAGAGGUUUUCCGCCUUUCUAUUCCGAACUCCGACCUUCCGAGUUUAUCACCAUCUAUCGGUUUGUACACGAGACUCAGAGUUUUGUAUUUGACGGGCAACAAACUUCAAAAUUUGCCACGUGAACUGGCCAAACUGCGCAACCUCGAGCUGUUGCGUCUAGGGAACAACUGUUUCCGGUUAAUACCUGACGUCGUUUACCAGUUGACUGAACUUCGAAGCCUGGACAUGUCGAAUAAUCGGCUCGAGACUCAAGGAAUUACAGGUAAUAUUAAGAAGUUGACAAAACUGGAGAGCCUGGUACUAAACGCAAACGAGAUUCGUGAACUCAACAUUGGCAUAUUUGAUCUGGAGCACUUGAUUUUUCUUGAUGCCUCACACAAUCCCAUUUCCGCCAUACCAAAAGCAGUUCAAAAGUUGAAGAAAUUGGAGUACCUUCGCCUCAAAAUGUGCCGCCUGCAGGCGCUGCCAGAAGAGCUUGGCGAUCUCCCAAGAUUGGAGACCAUUUGCGUUUCUGAGAACAUGAUCAGCAAAGUCCCUGCCGAGAAAUUCCAGAAGAUGGGACAGCUUCGAACAAUUUGUCUGCAUUCAAACCGCCUGUCUGUACAAGAGGAAGCCCUGGUCAAGCUGCGACAGUUAAAAGAUGUGAGGCUGGGUCUCAAUGACGAGCCAGUUUCGCAGUCUUUGAAUGCGUGCUGCGGUGGAUGUUACAAAAAGCCUCCGAUGGAAAACGACGUUCUGAUCAUUUAUUCUGGGACAGACGAUGCUAAGACAGUUGUCGACGACGAAAUUCUCCCUAUUUUAGAGAAAGAACUACGGUUUUCAGCUGUGGUGGAUUUUCGUGACUUUAUAGUUGGGAAACCAGUUUUCACUCAGUAUGCUGAUAACCGGAAGAGCUGCAGAAAAAUUCUGUUUGUGUUAACUGCAGAUUUCUGUAGUGGGCUGAAGGAAGACGAAAACAGAAUGCACUUAAAUGAAGCCCUCCUAGCAGUGGCAGACGACAGGAAGGUUCACAGUCACGGUCACAGUGGACGCCACGAGGAAUACUCCAGAAUUAUCCCUCUCAUCUGGAACGAUGAUCCAAACUUUCAGUUACCGGAAGAGCUGAGAAUCUAUGCCAAGCUUAACAGAAAGGAUAAAUAUUUUUGGAAAAAACUUCAGAAAGCAUUGGCGUAAAUUUGGGGAAGACGGUGCGAUGGUGAAAAUUGACUGGCGUAUCAGUCUCUCAAUCUGGUUGCAUUCAGCGAAAGUCUCCACAUAGUUGGAUCGAUCUGUGUAAUACUAAAGACUUAUUGUGAAUGAGCCCAUUGAGUUAUGCCAAAUUCUGCAGUGGAAUCUCAACCAAUGUAGAACGUAAAUUAGUUAAGGAGAAUUUGCUCUAUGCGACAAACGAUCAAUUUCUUUGCUACCUCCUCCAGGAGUUUAUCGGUUUGUUUUUGUCUUUGUUGAAUUGCUACAUACAUGAAGCAUCCCAACUCAAAAAUGGGCUUAGUUUGAAUCGAUGAUAUAUUGUUGCUGAUCCAUUAAUUUAUUGAAUUAAAGAAUAUAUAGAGCCGUCUACCAUAAAGUUACAGGAAAUGAUCACUUUGUGAAGAUAAAUUACCGGUGAAUAAUUCUACCCCAUACUAAGUGUACAGGUAUUAAUGUGAUGGGCAUUACUAAAACAUACCUCUGGCAUUAUAAAAUGGAUGCACAUUAUUUUUU